GUUGGUUAUUGUUUAUUUGAGGGUGAGUGUUUGAUAAAGAGAUACCGUAAUACAGUCCGUGAAGAUUUCUAUUCCAAACUCUCACAUAUUAUAGGAUCAUUGGCAGAAGUAGAAGCUGCGGCUGAGCGUUUAGACAGAGAAAUGAAUACUGAUUUAGAAUCAGAUUGUGAAAAUGUUAUGAAUAAUCAUACAUUAAAAGAACAACUAGGAUUGGGUCAAUCUUCAACAUUAAAAACGCCAAACAAUUCAAGUAUUGAAAUUGAUCGUUCAGCAACAAUGAAAAAUAAUAAGGUUCAGAAAAAAAUAGAUAAUGAUUUAACAGAUUCAACAAAACGAUCUUUAGCUACGACGACUUUUGAUAAUGCAUCAAAAAUUUAUGAAACACCACCAAUUUCAGAUAAGACUGUUCAAAAAAAAAAUGCACAGGAAGCAUCAUGUAAACAAAAUGUUACUUCUGCUUAUCAAGCCCUACGUGAUAUUCAAUAUGUAACCAGAGAUGAAGAAAGUCGACAAAGUGAAGAAACAUUAUCGUCAUAUGACGAUGCUGAUGAUUUUGAAACCGAUGAUGAUGACGAUUCAACAGAAACAAUAAUUGGUUUGACAAAGUCAUUAACAUCAGCAGCACGAUUGAAAUCAACAUCAGUUAAUAAAGUUAAAUCACACCAAUCCAAACAAUCUUCAUCAUAUGCUUUAAAAACAACUUCGAAACGGUUGUGCAAUAAACAACUUUUUCCUUCAGGCAGUGAUGGUAAUCAAGAAAUAGUGACAUUAUUAAAAUCAUUAAUAUUAACAAACAAGGAUUUAGCAAGAGAUAUGAAACAAUCAUUACUUGAUAUAAAACAGUUGUUUGUAUUGGUCGAGAAGUUGGAUGCGAAGCUCAAUUUGAUAUUUGAAAACCAAAAAAAAAUACAGCGAGCAUUAGCAAAAAGAAAAAUUAAUGUAGCACUACUUGGUGGUGAUUUCGAUACAGAAAAUCAAUCACAGAGUGAUGUACCAUUUCAACAGUCGCUGAAUUACAAGAAGGAAGAUGGUACAACUAUUGAUUUGUUACAAUUAUGCGGCGUUCGAACACAGAUAGGACGUUUCGUCGCUCUGGUGAUGGAUCAAGUUUUUACAAAACAUGAACUAUGCACCAUUACAACAAGUCAAUUGAUAAAAGAUGAACGUUACAACACUAUUAAGGAAGCUGUAAGAUCAAGAUUCAAACUAAAUGCGGAAGAAAUAAAUAUGGAAUGGUCAACGAUUCAUGAAAGUAUACUUCAAAAACGACGCAACGAAAGUAAAAAGAAAAAUGGUAAUACCAGUGCCGUCAACAACAACCAAUUACCACCACAAUAA